CAGGCAGUGGGAAAGAAGACAGCACAGCCAGGAGGGCAGCUGCUUGAUUCUGAAGAGAGAAAGUAAUGCAAAUAAACGAAAAGAGAGAGAGAAAUGAGAGGCUUCUACUACAUUUGGGACAUGAGUCACCUCACACUUCAGCUGCAUGUGGUGAUAGCCCUUUAUGUGCUCUUCAGAUGGUGCCACGGAGGCAUCACAAGUAUAAACUGCUCUGGUGACAUGUGGGUUGAGCCUGGUGAAAUUUUUCAGAUGGGUAUGAAUGUUUCUAUAUAUUGCCAAGAAGCCCUUAAGCACUGCCGACCAAGGAAUCUUUACUUUUAUAAAAAUGGCUUCAAAGAAGAAUUUGAUAUCACAAGGAUUAAUAGAACAACAGCUCGGAUUUGGUAUAAAGACUUUUCGGAACCUCAUGCCUAUAUGCAUUGCACUGCUGAAUGUCCUGGUCAUUUUCAAGAGACACUUAUUUGUGGGAAAGACAUUUCCUCUGGACAUCCACCGGAUGCCCCCAGCAAUCUGACAUGUGUCAUUUAUGAAUACUCAGGCAACAUGACAUGCACCUGGAACACUGGGAAGCCUACCUACAUAGAUACCAAGCAUAUUGUGCAUGUGAAGAGUUUGGAGACAGAAGAAGAACAACAAUAUCUUGCCUCAAGCUAUGUUAACAUCUCCACUGACUCAUUGCAAGGCAGCAGGAAGUAUUUGGUAUGGGUCCAAGCUGUCAAUACCCUAGGCACGGAGAACUCACAACAACUACAGGUCCAUCUGGAUGAUAUAGUGAUACCUUCUGCGUCCAUCAUUUCCAGGGCUGAGACUACAAACGACACUGUACCCAAGACCAUAGUUUACUGGAAAAGCAAAACUAUCAUUGAGAAAGUAUUCUGUGAGAUGAGAUACAAAGCAACAACAAACCAAACGUGGAGUGUUAAAGAAUUUGACGCCAAUUUCACAUAUGUGCAGCAGUCAGAAUUCUACCUGGAGCCAAACAGCAAGUAUGUAUUUCAAGUGCGAUGUCAAGAAACUGGUAAAAGAAACUGGCAGCCUUGGAGUUCCCCCUUUGUCCACCAAACUUCCCAAGAAACUGGUAAAAGAAACUGGCAGCCUUGGAGUUCGCCCUUUGUCCACCAAACUUUCCAGACAGUUUCCCAGGUUACAGCAAAAUCAUCCCACGAACCUCAGAAGAUUGAGAUGCUCAGUGCUACAAUCUUCAGAGGACAUCCUGCUUCAGGUAAUCAUCAAGACAUUGGACUUUUGUCGGGAAUGGUCUUCUUGGCCAUCAUGUUGCCGAUUUUUUCUCUGAUUGGGAUAUUUAACAGAUCACUUCGAAUAGGAAUUAAAAGAAAAGUUUUACUGAUGAUCCCAAAGUGGCUUUAUGAAGAUAUUCCUAAUAUGGAAAAUAGCAAUGUUGCAAAAUUAUUACAGGAAAAAGGUGUAUUUGAGAAUGAUAAUGCCAGUGAGCAGGCCCUGUAUGUGGAUCCUGUCCUUACAGAGAUAAGUGAAAUCUCUCCCCUGGAACACAAACCCACAGAUUACAAAGAAGAAAGGCUCACAGGACUCCUUGAGACAAGAGACUGUCCUCUAGGAAUGCUGUCUACCAGUUCUUCUGUUGUGUAUAUUCCUGAUCUCAACACUGGAUACAAACCCCAGGUUUCAAAUGUUCCUCCUGGAGGAAACCAUUUCAUUAACAGAGAUGAAAGAGACCCUACAUCCCUUGAGACCACAGAUGACCACUUUGCCAGAUUGAAAACAUAUCCCAACUUCCAAUUUUCUGCUUCAAGUAUGGCUUUACUAAACAAAACACUAAUUCUUGAUGAAUUGUGCCUCGUUUUAAAUCAAGGAGAAUUCAAUUCUCUUGACAUAAAAAACUCAAGACAGGAGGAAACCAGCAUCAUUUUGCAAAAUGACUCACCCAGUGAAACUAUCCCAGCGCAGACUCUGCUGUCUGAUGAAUUUGUCUCCUGUUUGGCAAUUGGGAAUGAAGACUUGCCGUCUAUUAAUUCUUACUUUCCACAGAACGUUUUCGAAAGCCAUUUCAGUAGGAUUUCACUCUUGCAAAAGUAGACUAUGCCAUCAAAGUCAAGGUGAGAAGCUGCCUUUCCACUGCAAGCCAAAACUUCCCUCAAAAGAAGUAUAAGUACACUGCCAUGACUCCAGGAUGGAACUUACCUCACUGGCAAAACAAAGCAAAACAAAAACAAUGAGGCUGUGCUUGUAUGCUUGUUUGCUCAUUUGUUGGUUUUCAUCUCAUUUUAGUAUCCCCACUUGAGACAGGAGGUCACAAGCCCAAAUGGACUAACUCACUAUAUAUUUGAGGAUGGCUGGACUCCUGGUUUUCCUGCCUCUUCUUCCCAAGUGCUAGGAUUAAAGAUGUGUGCCACCAGGGCUAUUUCUUUCCUACUUCUGUCAUUAAAUGGUACAGUACAGCUCAGUUUGUACAAAGGAUAAAUCGUGCAGAAUGCAUAGUAGUGAAAUAAAUGUAGAAAAUGGGUCAUU